GUUUUGCAAACGGUGAGUGGAGUGCCUUGUCAUCAGUCCUUUGAUAUUUUGGAUGAUUUUCUUUGGAAUUCUUAUUCAAAGUGGUGUAACCAUUCUUUGUGAUGCCGGUGGAUGCUAACCUCCACUGCACUGACGUGGUGUCGCCUGGUUGUGAACUGAAGGGCCUGCGCACUUGGAAAGACAUUUGUCUGGUACGGAACUCACUCUUCCAACAUCAGGUGCUGCAGUGUUACUGCAAACCACAGCCAACCAGUUGAUCAAGCUACAAUAUUGUAGAUAAAUUAAUAGGCCCUCUGCGAUCCUGACAUAAACAGAACAGUUGCAGCAUAUUGGCAAGGGAAGCCACUACCCGACUACAAAGCAAGUUGGACAUAGAUCGUGUCUAAAUUGAACAGUUCAAGUGUUUGAAAAGUGUUACGACAAACAAGUGCAAUAUACUAUUAGUGCAAUCGUACUUUUGAAUAGUGAAGUGAACUUUGAGUAAAAUUAUUGUGAACAAUGGAGCGUGAAUCAAAUCCCAUGGAGGCGUUGUGCCGCUCCGGAUGUGGGUUCUACGGGAACCCGUCCACAGACGGGCUCUGCUCGGUGUGCUUUAAGGAGGCUCUGAAGAAGAAACAACAGCCACCAGCGACGACGCCGUCACCGGUGUCGGCGGCGUUCAUGCCCGCGACGCCUGCGCCCACGCCACUCGCCGCUGCCGCGCCUACCGUGCCCAGCUUGCCAGUCGCGCCUCAGCAGCAUAGUACAGACAAAUUGGAGGAAGAGGGUGGUGCGGGCACGAGUGGUACCAGCACGGGCGCCUCUGACACGGACCCUGAUGACAAGGACCCCAGCAAGGAUAAGAAGAAAAAGAAUAGGUGCGCUGUCUGCCGCAAGAAGGUUGGACUCACAGGGUUCGAGUGCCGCUGCGGAGGGCUGUUCUGCGCGGUGCACCGGUACAGCGACAAGCACGACUGCUCGUUCGACUACCGGGAACUGGGCGCGCAGGAGAUCCGCCGCAACAACCCCGUCGUCGUGUCGCAGAAGAUACACAAGAUAUGAGCCCUCACCCUCUGCGUCCUCUGCCCGACCCCCACGAUCAUACCUUUAUUGAUUUACUCUAAAUAAAUAUUCGAUCGAGUCUGUGUCUCUUAUUUAAGCGUAAUAUUUUCGACAAUGACGCCGCCCUCCGCGCCGCUAGUUUACCCGGUAGAGUUUCGUUUCGACAGAGGCUUGUCUGAAUUAGAGAUGCAUACGACGUAUAAUAGUUGUAGCGCCGAAUUAGAGACGCAGACUCGAUCCGACUGUAUUUAGAUUUAUUUGUGGCGAGAGUUUUACUUUUAAAUUUUUAUUAAAAGUUGUAGAUAAAGUUCGUUUCGGGUAGGAUUUCUGGAUUAAUUUUUCGAGUUAAUAAGUAGAGUUUUUGAAUAUUGUCCAUUCACCUCCAUUGUAAAUAUUAGAUAUAAUUAAUUAUAGAAACAAAUCCUAUAUAUUGUAAAAAAUUAAAACUCCCAAAAAAAGCUACAUUGUUACGAUUCCAACGGAGAGCGUAGCCUGCUUAAAAUUAUCUCGAUAACAUUGUAAGCUGAAGCUCAAGGAGGGGCGAUGUUGCCCCAGGCACUCUCCGUGUUAUUUGCCUAGUUGUAAAUUGUACAGAAGUUCGACUGCGGACUUGACUUGUGUUUUGUUGGAAACAUUCAACUCGUGAUAAAUAACGUAGCGAACUUCUAAACGAUAUGGCGUUAUGUGCUAGACAACGAUUAGUUGGUGACUGUGAAACGUAUUGCCAAACGGACCGUAGCGCGGCGCCGGUCACUCGCCGGCCGCCGGUUGACAUCAUCUUCAAAUCGUUAGUAUUGUAAUUUUGGUUCGGGAAGUCGUCGCUUUCUUACUUGUCUAACAUUUGGCUAAGUGACCUAGUGUAGCGAGAUUGUGGUGUGUAUCGAGUAUCGGCAUAAGGCGAGCGGCGCGGGCCGGCGGCACCGCGGUCGCGAUCGCGCCGGCCCGCGCGCCGCUCUUUGUGUGAAAUUAUAAGUAUAGUUAUACAUAUUAAGUAGUCGACACUUUAUAUUAUUACACAUUAUAUAAGUAGGAAAGAAUUAUUUAGCUUUUUCUUUUAAUCACAAUAUUAUUCAAAAUUAUAAGUUGUAUUAUCGUAACUUUCAUUUUAGUGGUGAAGUUGAAACAAAAAUACCCGUGUAUCGCUUCGGUCGCCCACAGUAGACUAACUAAUUGGACAUAAUUAUUUAAUGACUUUUGUUGUAUAUUUUGUUAGGUCAUUGAUUAAUUUUGGUCUUUUUGCUUGAACAUAA